ACACACACACCUCACUUGGGUACAAAAUUUUAACACCGAAAAGGAAUAUAUAAAUUGAAAUGCCACGCUCCACAAGUAACUCGCAAGGCACUGGCCUAGUCUGUCUUUGCCGCUACCGACGAUUCCCACUGCGACAUUUCCACAAGCACCUACUAUGCGUAUAUCACAUACAUAUAGAUGAGACCAAGGGCCGCCAUUUCUGAAGUUCUUUUUAAUGUGAGGCCUCAAGCUCUCUCAUCUCUCUCACUCCGCAAGCUCCACAUCGGUUCGCUUUCCUAUGUCUUCCUAAAUUUUCUAAGUAAGCUUCGCUUCUCGACCACCCCGUCUAUUUUGGAGUCUUUAUCACCAUCAACUGCAACCCACAUAGAUCUACAAUCAGUUUGCUUCACUGGCAUUGCUCAGUCAAUCAUAUCUAGAUGUUCCCAUUUUCUAGAGAAUAACAAUGGUAAAACCUUUGCGAACGCUUCUUUGAAAGAACUUCUUCGAGAGAUUUCGGAUAUCGUUCCCGAAUAUACGCGUAAUUUUCGGCGAGUUUCGGAGCUCAAACCUGAAGAUGUGCUUCAAAUAUUACUGGGUUUUCAGUUUGAGGGUGGGAAAGUUGGAUUUGGAGCUAGGAAGGUUGAACCCUUGUGGGAGUUGUUCAAGUGGGCUAACGAACAAAGUAAGGAUUUUGAGCAUCUUCCUCAGUCAUGCGAGGUCAUGGCUCGGAUGCUUGUCCGGGCGGGGCUGCUUAAAGAAGUUGAAAUCUUGCUCUUUUCAAUUGAGAGGCGAGGAAUUUCGAUGGAUUGUCAUGAGGUUUUCAGUUAUAUGAUUGAGGAGUAUGCUGGUAGAGGUGAAUUAGAGAGUGCUGUUUCUAUUUAUGAUCGAAUGAAGCGACUUGGUUUUGCUCCUUCAUUGUCGUGUUACUGUAUUCUUCUAGAUCAUUUGGUUCGAAUAAAGAAAACCCACCUGGCUUUGCGAGUUUGUUUGGAUAUGGUUGAGAUGGGCAUUGAUUGGAAUGAGAUGAUGAAGGCAACUCUUCAUAAUGUCACUAGACUACUUUGUGUAGAUGGAAAGAUUCAAGAGGCAAGAAAUCUUGUCAAGACGGUUAUGGCUUGUGGAUACAAGCUUAGUAACUCUGCUAUUAAUGACAUUGUUUUCGGGUAUUGUGAGAAGAGGGACUUCGAUGAUGUGCUAAGUUUCUUUUUUGAAUUACAAUGUCCACCGGAUAUUUUGGCUGGGAAUAGAGCUAUACAUUCUCUGUGUAGCUAUUAUGGCACAGAAAUGGCAGAACAAUUCAUGCAUGAGUUGAAAUUUUUUGGUUUCAUUCCUGAUGAGAUAACCCUCGGCAUCUUGAUUGGUUGGAGUUGCCACGAAGGGAAUUUAAAGAAUUCCUUUGUUUAUGUUGCAGAGAUAUUUGCUAAAGGUUUACAACCCCAUAUAUGUUCUUACAAUGCUCUCAUUGGAGGGUUGUUUUUGAAAGGUAUGUGGAAACAUGCUCGGGACGUUUUUGAUGAAAUGGUGGAGAGGGGAACAACUCCAGAUCUAUCAACUUUUAGAAUUCUUUUAGCAGGCUAUUGUAAAGCUAGGCAAUUCGAUGAAGUGAAGAGGAUAAUUUGUGGGAUGGAGAACUGUGGUAUAGUGCAUAAUCUAUCAUUGGAGGGUCAACUGUCUAAAGCUUUUUCAGUUUUGGGCUUUGAUCCAUUAGCCGUGAGUCUAAAAAGGGAUAAUGGUGUGGGACUCUCUAAAACAGAAUUCUUUGACAAUCUUGGCAAUGGACUUUACUUAGAUACCGACCUUGAUGAGUAUGAUGGGAGAGUUACAGGGAUUCUAGAAGAUAGCCUAGUGCUUGAUUAUAACUCACUUAUAGAAAAAGAUUGUAACCAUGGAAACCUGAAAGGUGCACUAGCUUUAGCAGAUGACAUGGUUCAAUGGGGACAAGAAUUGUCUUUGUCCGUGUUCUCUACUUUAUUGAAAAGGCUGUGUGCUUCACGAUACCAUAUUAAGGUUUUUACAAAUAUUCUUGAGAAAAAUAUGAAGUUGGUUAAUUUGCUUGACCAAGAAACUCUAAAUUUACUUGUCCAGCUGUACUACUGCAAGAGAGGAUGGAGAUUCAAUGGGAAGAUAGUUUGGGACAGCAUGCUGCACAGGCAUCUAAAACUCAAUAACGAGACAUACACUGCUGUAAUAACAGGUGUUUGUAAAAUGGGAAAUUUUAGGGAUCUUCAUGGUUGGUGGGUUAUUGCCCGAGAAGAGAGGUGGGUGCCAGGGCUUGAGGAAUGUAAAUCUCUUUUGGAAUGCCUUUGCAAUAAGGGAAUGCUAAAUGAAGUGCUGGAGCUUUUCGAAAACAUGAUGGUGUCUUUUCCUCACACAAGGUUAGAUGUUUGUCAUCUGUUUAUUGAAAUGCUCAGUUUUGCAAGUUUUACUAGAGUGGUACAUUCAUUGCUAGAAGAACUAAAUGAGCGGGGUUGUGUAAUGGAUCAUGUAGCUUACAGUCAUCUUAUAAGAGGAAUGUGUGAGGAGGCAAGAUUUUCUGAAGCUUUAAAAAUAUUGGAGUGUAUGCUGGCUAAAAAUUUAGCCCCAUGUUUGGAUGUUGCUGUUAUAUUAAUUCCUAAGCUGUGCAAGGCUAGUAGACACAAGAAAGCUAUUGCCUUAAAAGAGGUUUUGUUGAGCAAGGAAUCAUCAUCUUUGCUGCUUGUGAAUAAUGCAUUGUUACAAGGGUUUUGCAUGACAUGUAAGGUUGGAGAAGCAGCCAGUCUAUUCCAAGAAAUGUCAUUGAAGGGGAUAGCUUCAGAUGCCGAAACUUAUAAUAUUCUGGUUCAAGGCCAUUGCAAGGUCAAGAACAUCAGGAAAGUUGAGGAGCUUCUUGGUGUCACUAUUAGAAAAAAAUUUGACCUUUCAAUCUCAGCGUACCGAAAUUUGGUGCGCUUAAUGUGUAUGGAGGGCGAGGUCUCUUGUGCACUAAAGCUGAAGGAACUUGUGCUUGGACAAAGCAAGUCGCAUGACCUUGUUAUUAACAACAUUUUGAUUUUUUCUCUCUUCUCUACCGGGAACAGUUUGUUUGUAAACGAAGUUGUGGAUGAUUUGCAAAAGAAGAAAUUGCAACUAGAUGAAGUCUCCUACAAUUUUCUUGUGUAUGGGUUUUAUGAGUGUAAAGACGUGUCAAGUGCUUUUCAGUAUCUAUCUACUAUGUUGUCUAAGGAACUCAGACCGAACAACCGCAGCCUGAGAGCAGCUGUAUUGGCCCAAUGUAAUGGUGGGGAGCUUGAGAAAGCCUUAGAGUUGAGUCGGGAGAUGGAACUAAGGGGCUGGGUUCAUGAUUCCAUCAUUCAAAACGCAAUUGUGGAGGGCCUUCUUUCUUAUGGUAUGGUUCAAGAAGCAGAAAAUUUUCUGGACAGACUUGUAGAGAAACAUCUAAUUCCUGAUAGCAUCAAUUACGACAACCUUAUUAAGUGUUUUUGCUCACAUGGAAGACUAAGCAAGGCAGUUAACCUUCUGAACAUAAUGUUAAAGAAAGGCAAUCUUCCAAGUUCUACCAGUUAUGAUUCUGUAAUUAGCUCUUGCUGCUCAAGUAACUGCCUCAAUGAAGCUCUAGAUUUUCAUGCUGAAAUGCAGGAAAAGGGUCUUAAGCCGAGCGUCAGUACAAUGAACAUAAUUGUCCAUCACCUUUGCCAAGAUGGACGAACAAUGGAAGCAGAAAGGAUUUUGAUUUCUAUGGCUCAUGUUGAUGAAACUCCAAGCAGGGAGAUGUUCUCCUCUGUAAUCAAUAGGUAUCACUUCGAAAACAAUCACAGGAAGGCAUCUGAGCUUGUCCGGGUGAUGCAGCGCAGCGGUUAUGAACCAGACUUCAAGACACAUUGGUCUCUCAUCACCAAUCUAAGAAAUUCAUUUGACAAAAACACAAACAAAAGCAGCAGCAGCAGCCAAGGCUUCCUGUCAAGGCUUCUUUCUGAAAGCGGAUUCUCUAGGAAAAACUGAUUCAGAGAUCAAGUUGGGAUAACACAAGCACAACGAAGGUUUGAUUAAUAAAUGUUAAUUAUUUUUCAUGUGAUUUUUAUUUUGGUCUCAUAUAAUUACUUUUUGCAACUUCGGCUAAGAUGGUCAUUCUUUUGUGCUAUAUAUAGACUAGACUGCUAUAAAAGGUGUUUAAUUGAAUGUAUACGACUCAGUUGUAUCUCUGAAAAACUUGUACAUUUCAUGUGUAUACCCGAGAACUAAUGUAACAUUGUUUCACAAA